AUGACUUACAAUAGAAGAGAAAUAGGCAUAGGUGGGAGCAUAUGAGCUACAGGAAUUAUGCUUACCCUCUCUUCCCUGCUCAUUUUAAGCCAGCUUACUCAACAAAUUCAAAAGAUGAAAUAUAAAAAAGCUCAACUGAGAUUAUGCUUUAUGAUUCUUGCCCCUGUUUUAAUAGGGUGGCCAUCAUGAGUUGUAUUAAUCCUUGGGCCUGAUGCAGGAAUUCUUGAAUAUGUAGGUGAUUUAUUUAAAGGAGUUAUUUUAUUUAUAUUCGUUGACUACUCAAUAAUACUUAUCGGCUGAGAAAAAAAUGAGGCAGAUUCCGAAUUCAGCCAAGCAAGAGCUGAAGGAUGUUUUAUUCGUCUUGAAAAUGUGAAACAAAUCUGUGAAUGUAUGGGGUCAACUAAAAUAAAAAAUCAAGAAGACGUCUCGUGGUUUCUCAAUAAAGUGAGAAUUGCGGCAUUGCAAACUUGUAUUGUGUUUUUUUGCUUACUUGUGGUUUCUGUUAUUUUAAAGCUGAUUUCUGGGGAUUAUCUUAAGUAUGGGGAUAUGGAUCCGACAUAUGGCUAUUUCUGAAUCAAUAUGUUUAAAAUUCUAUCUGCAACAGUGGCACUUUAUCAGCUGUUUACUUAUUUGAAAAAUAUUUCACAAAUCCCUGAAAUGAAAUUAUUACAAAUUAGAUCAAAAUCAUAUAUGAUUUUAUUGACCUUGGCGUUGACUCUCUAUCAAUCUGCUAUAAUUGGAGGCUUAUCACGCUGGUCAAGUAUAUCUGAUGAGGCCAAUUACUCAAGAGAAAAUAUAACCAGUUACACCUCUAACUUGCUAAUUUGUGUAGAAAUGAUAGUUUUAGCCCUCGUUCAAGGAACAAUUUUCACUGCAGAGGACUAUAGUCUUGAUCUUCAUAAAUAA